UUCCAUAAAACUUUUCGUAUAAAUCCCAAAGCUGGAUUGCAGCGCCAACAGUCGCGUAAAGACAAUUGCAAAGUGAUCAAGUUAAAAACACGAGAAGCUAAAUCAAGUACACAAAAUGCGCGGACAACUGAAAGAGUGCGUCGGACUGGCAGUCGGAGCAGUGGUGCUCCUCCUUCUGGCGGGUAUCGGCGAGGGCGAGGCGUGGCCCAUGGAUCUAUACGACGACGUGAGCGACUUCUUCGACGCCAUCUCGCUGGACGAUGUGGCCAACACCGGACGCAACACUCAUCCGGAGCAGUUCUGUCUUAUGCCGGCGCGCAAGGGCGUCUGCCGCGCCCUGAUCCCGCGAUGGCGCUACGACCCGGAGCAGAAGAAGUGCGUGGAGUUCAAGUUCGGCGGCUGCGACGGCAACGAGAACAACUUCGCCAGCUACAAGGACUGCAUGUCCACCUGCGAGGGCAUGUAAGGGUCUCCGCAUGCGGAUCCUAUUCCGGAUAGCGAUCGGACCUCCACGGCCGAUGUGUUGCCAAAGGCGGAUGCUUUUCUUCGAGCUCUGCAAUUCAGCGAACCAAAGGCAGCAUUCUCCACUCCUAAACUCACGCACAUCAUCCAUGUGAUUAUCCAUUAACCGUUUCGUCUACCUAAUAUUUAUGUAGUUUCUGUCAUUGAUCCAUUUACUUUGUACUUUUGUGGUUGUCCAGCACCCGCCACCCAUCUAGCUUAAGUUAUUGUGAUAAAAUACUUGUAUGCAAUAAAGAAUUUUGUAUAACGACCAA